UAUUGGAUUGGAAUCGCCCUUAUGUGGAUCACCAGAGACUGUGUGAGCACGUAAGCUGUGGGUGCUCCCGGAGAAUCUCAGUGCGAGGUGCGGGAAACACGGUGUGGUGUUCAGGUGCACACAGGUGCUGGGUCAGGUGCGUGGAGUGACGGUACAGCAUAGAGACACACACACGGUUUGCUCUUCUUUAACCAGGCAGGACUCACAGAGAGUGCCCCCCUUUUGUCCUGGGGGAGAAAGGAAGUUUUCCACAGUGAGGGAAGGAAGAAAUUUUCAGCAUCGCUUUGUGCAGCCCAACGGGGGCUCCACACGAAUUUCCUCCCCACCCAGCUGCCCCAAAUAUUGCAUGAAGUGUUCUGUGGAAGAAAAUUUGGGUCACGGUGUGCGUGAAAAAGUGUGAAAGCGCGGGCUCAGCUGGUGCAAAAGGGAAGUGUUGGGGGGAGAGAGAGGAAAAAAAACGGGGGCGACGUACCCGAAUUUUUUUUCCUUUUCGCGUGGACUUCCUGCCGGAUUUUGUGUCCUCCAUUUGUGCGGAUUUUCCCAGCGACGAGUGGAAAAUUCGUGCGUGAGUGUGUUGGCUUUUUUUUCUGUUGGGGGCCAUAAUGAGCAUAGUGUGGGGGUGCAAGUGAGAAGGGGCUUCGUGUGUCAUACAGAAGGCAUCCCCCCCCGUAAAAAAAAAGAAAUUCAAUCAAGGAUUAAAUCGUCGUGAGACUCCCUGAAAAAUUGGUGCUGCAGCGAAGUUUUUUUUUCCGGGAGAGAGAGAGGAUUAGAACAACACAAAAGGCAAAACAGGAUCUCAGCGUUAGGGCUUCCCAGUGGCCAAGGUGGUGCACAGUGAGGGGCAUGGCGUUUGAGGUCCAUCACUGGAAGGCGACAGAGACGCCAAUUGCGAAAAGACUGGAUUUCUAAAAGGAGUUCCUACCCCGACAACUAAAUUCUUUUCAUGUCCUGCAGCGUUUCAGAGCUGCCAGUGGGGUGUCGACUCCGUGGCAUGGGCUCUGCAGCAACACAAGGAGGAGGAGCUCCGCUAAAUUCCACACUGAGUGGGCCCCAGGAGGCACCAAAUGUGGGUCCAUUGCGACGGCAACCGUCACAGAAGCCGUGCUGUUUCUGUUGGUGCUGCUGCUGUUCCUGCUCCUGGGCCAAGUGUUUGGCAAUUAAAAAUGCUGAAGACAAUGGACCUACGAAGAAGGAUCCAGCCGGUUCAGAUCUUCUAUGUGAUGGUGAACAGCCAACCCUCGAGGAAAUAAGAAGUUGGGGUAAAAGCUUUGAUAAAUUAAUGAGGAGUCCCGGUGGGCGAAAAGUAUUUCGUGAUUUCCUCCGAUGUGAAUAUAGUGAAGAAAAUAUCCUUUUCUGGCUCGCAUGCGAAGAGUUGAAGAAGGAAACCAACCCAGAAGCCAUCGAAGAAAAGGCUAGAUUCAUAUAUGAAGACUAUAUUUCAAUUUUGUCUCCAAAAGAGGUGUCUUUAGAUUCUCGAGUACGUGAAAUAGUUAAUAGGAAUAUGGUGGAACCCACGCCUCACACUUUCGAUGAAGCUCAACUACAAAUCUACACAUUAAUGCACCGAGACUCGUAUCCCAGAUUUAUAAAUUCACCUUUAUUCAAAACAUUAGCGCAGAUACCGGAAGGUGUUUCGGCAUCGGGAUCACAAACGGAGAGCCCUACUUAGGUGCAGUGCGUGUGUGGGUGGAAUCGCAUAAACAAGUAAGGAACCAUAUAUAUAUAAAUUAAAAGGUGGUGAGAGUAAAUAAAAAAUUUAAAAAAAAAUGAAAAUAAAAUAGAAAAUAAUAGAGAUAACGAAAGAAUAAAAUAAAAUACUUCAAGAAUUUUAAGAAAAGAAUAAAAAAAACAUCAAAUUUUCAAGCACAAAUUUUCCAUGAUUAUUUUUUUGUUGUUGAAAAAUUCUUACGCGAGGAAAGCUUUCCUCCCUGGUUGCUGGUUAAAUUUUUUUGACUAUGUUUGUUUUAUUACUCGAAAUGAUUGAAGUACAAUUACAUAAUUAUUAUUAUUAUUUGUUUUUUAUUUAGAACACUUUUUUUUGGAGAAAAGUAUGGUGAAGAAGUUGCCCCAUACGAAGGCACUUUGUUUUGCCAUUCCCAAAUAACUAAAAAAAUAUGCAUUUAAAACAAUUUUAUCGAGUAAAGAAAAAUUUAAAAGCAAAUAAUGAAACAAUGACUUUUUAUAUUAGAAUUUUAAACGAGAUUACACCUGUGUAUAAAACAUUAUUUUAAGUGAUAAUAAAAAACAUUUUUAAAUGUUACUGAUGAUGAAUCCAAAAAAAAAAGUUAUCCCAAAGAUAACUCAAACAGAAGAAAAAAAUAUUUAAAAAAAAAAUAAACAUGCGGCGUUGAUAGGAAAUGCAACAGAUUGCGCAGAAUGGGUUAAAAGAAUUUUGUUGAUUUUUUUUGUGCGUGGAGUGCGUGUGCGAAAUGUCUCUGAGUCCGUGAUUGAGCGGAAAAAUAGGCCAUCAAUUUCAUUCUCGUUACAUUUAAAAAAGAAAAAAAGAAAAAAUAGAUAAGAGCAAUAAAAUGUAAUUAAUAGAAAGGAGAACAUACACACGGCAUAAUACAUGAAACAUUGUGGGGGAAAAUGCCAUCAAGGCCAAUUCUAACAAAGUCUUACACCGCAUAUGAGGGUGGUUUUACCAAGCAAUGCUGGGCGUCUCUUCGUUCUUUUUUCAUGUUCAUUUUUAAUGCAAUUUUCCGUGGACUUUUCAAUGCUAUUUUCAAGGCAAAUCCUAAAUGGAAAGGAUGUUUUUUUUUUUUUUUAAAUUAAGAUCAACUCUUUAACCCUUUCGCGUCCAUUAGCUCAUAGGUAGACUCAAACGAGAAACAUUUUAUUUUCCAAAAUUUUACUUAAUUUAAUUGUUAUUUCUUAAUUUAAAAGACGUUCUAACUGAGAAGUAUUUUCUGAGAGCAUUCAUUGAAUAAAUAUUGCGAUAAAAGGAGCGCGUUUCAAUGUUUCUAUGUUUCACGUGAAACAUUUUAUUUUCCAAAAUUCAACUUAAUUUAAUUGUUUUUCCAACUUAGAAAUGCGUUAAUUUCGCGUUAAUUUAGACCACAAAAGACGUUUUAACUGAGAAAUGUUCUCUGAGAAAAUUCAUUGAAUAAAUAUUGCGAUAAAAGGAGCGCAUGUUUCAAUCUUUCUAUGUUUCACGUGAAACAGGACACGAAAGGGUUAAUGCAGGUUAUUUCUUAGAAAAGAGGUUAACGAAGGGGGUUCUCAACAACAACGACAUGGGUUCGAUUCAGGGGAAAAUCUUUAUUUUUCACUUUGAAUUUUACAUUGAAAUUUCGACUAAAUAGCUCCACGAAUUGUAUUCCUUAAAAAAAAACUUUUUAAUAAGUUAAUUUUGAAUAACAAGUUCUUGAAAAAAAAAUAUUUUUAGGAUUCCUUUUCAUUAAAUUUUAAUGUAAGAGAAAAGCCAGCAAUAAUAUUUCUUUAUGGUGUGGGAGGGCAAAGUUCACGACCUUUAGCAAUUGGCUUUAUUUCUUCCUCAUAGCGCAGGUGAAUUGAGUAGGAAAACUUUGCCCACAAAAUAUAUUUAAACUGAAUGCCAGAAUGGAAAGAUUAAACGAUCUUUAAAGCGCAUCUGACGCGACCCUAAAGAUCGUUUCAAAGAACGCUUAAAUAUCGUUUAUUUUGUCCAUUCUGCAUUCAGUUUAAUUGUUUUUUUUUUUCAGGGCAAAGUUUUCCCGCUCAAUUUACAUGCCUGAUGAAGAAGGAAUAGAGCCUUCGAAACGUCGCAUCAGACAUUGUUUGUUUUUGAGGAAUUGUUUAAGGUAGUGAACUGUGUCCUCCCACAUAUCCACAACCAGAUCGAAAUUCAUACAAAAAAAAAUUGUUUUCUAAAUUCACCCUCAAAACACAUUUAAAAAAAAAUCUUUAAAUAUAUUUUUAAAAAAAAAGUGAAAACAACAAGAAAGAAAUGCACAAAAUAUUACUGUUAUAGUGAACGUUAGACCUUAAAAAAAAGAAAGAUGAAUAUGAUUAAAUGAAAGAGAAAAAAAACUAUUUAAAUAUUUUAGUUAGUCAAACCGAAGUUUUUAUAAAGCUUAUGACUCUUUAAAGUUUUAAAACUUUACCAUAACACUAAUAAGUUCAAUAUAAAAUAAUUUUUAUACUGAAAUCAUGUGGUUAUUAAAUGAAAAAAAUAUUAGAGAAAGAAAAAUAAUGGAAAUGUGGUGGAUGGAAAUAUUUUAAACUGUUAAGCUUUGUUUUAAAUGAAAAAAAAAACGACGGUGAAAUAAAAUAGUAAAAAAAAGAGAAUUAUAUUGAAAAGAAAUAAAGGAAAAAAAAAGAAAAGCUAGAAAACAUACAACGUACUCGAGUUAAAUAAGAAAAUAAAUGCAACGUUAUAAAAAAGUAAAUAUUUUUAAAAGGGCCUAUUGAAUUAAAACAAAAAGAAAACACAUUUAAAAUCGAAUAAAAAUGAUAAUAACAAUUGGGUCUACAUUUAAAUAAUAUUUAUUGAUGAAUGGCAAUCGCAUUAUUCUCUUUAAGUUUCCUAUUACCUUUUUAGCUUCUGUUUAGGAGUCAAAGAAAUAAUUAUUUUUCUCUCUGUUUUUACAAAAGGAUAAAUAAUAUAGGUACGUUAUGUUGACACUUUACUGUGUUUUAUGUAAUUUUUAAGAUAACAAAAAAUGGGGGAGUUUUAUUAGAAAUUAUCAUGUGACGACCUCGUAAAAGGACGUUAGUCAGUGACCAUGUGUAAUGUAUUAUUAGAUUUGUGAACGUAGGUUUGGGAUAUGAGGGCACAUUGAGAGCCUUUAUGAGAUAAAAAAUUCCAUUGAUAGUUGAAAUCUAAACCUCUCGUCGUAUUUAUUUUUUUCCUUAAAAAAAACUUUCCUUAAUCUUUCGUUGAAAAGAAAUAUUAAUUCAAAUGAAAACUUGUGCAUUUAUUUACGUGACAAUUUUUAAGCAUUAUUUUCACUUAUUUUUUUUAUACCUAUACAUCCUUACAAUUUUUUAUAAUAUAAAGAAUCCUUCGUAUUCUAGCUUAAUUGAAGAAAAAAAUCUUUUUACAAAAUCCACACCAACCUUUAAGAAAAGAGAAAAAGUAUAAGAAAAAAAUCAUUCAAAAUAUAGCGAUUUAUCUAAAUAAAAAGAAUAGAGGAGAAUAGAUAAAAUUUAGACAAAUUUCUUUUAAUGACUUCAAAAAAAAACAAGAAAUUUAGAAGUUGAGAAAAUAAUGAAAAAUAAAUUUAAAAAAAAAUGGAACGUAUUAAUAAAAAAAAUUGAGAAAAAAUAUAAAAAUGAUGAAAGAUGCACCAAAAAAUUAAAUUUAACUUUAACUGUAAAGUCUUAAGGUUAGAAAACUGUGGGAGAAGUAACACAAUUUUAAAUAAUGACAUACAAAAAAGUAAUUUAAAAAAAUACGCACUAAACCAAAUACACAAAGAAUAUUAGAAAAAAAAUAAUUCUUCUUUCAGUGGAAUUUUGUAGUUUAGCUCUUUGACUUUUUUUGUUAUUUGCUUAAUUAGUUUCUAAUUUGGGGCGAUUUUAAGUUUUUUUUUUAAUUUCUAAAUACGUUUUCUUUGCAAAUACGGAAGAAUUUUUCUUAAUUAAUUCCUCUCGCUAUUAAUAGAAAACCCUAAAGUAAUUUUUCUUACAUUUUCUGUAAAUUUCUGUUACCUUUUAUGUUAAACUAAUAUUUUUUUUUAUAAAAAUAAAUAAAAUUAAUUAAAAAUGGUAAUCAAUUCCGGACACGUCAAAUAGACCGAAAGCUAAACUACAAAAAAAAACACAAAAAGAAAAAUAUUAAUGGCGAAAAGAAAUUUAAGAGAAUUGUUUAACGGAAAUAACCAAAAUAAAGAAAGAUUCUUCGAUGGCAAACAAUUCAAUUCGUAGUGAAUUGUUUCGAUAUCUUCUCUUUUAGAAUCCUUAAGAAAACUUUAAGAAAAAAAAAGGCAGCGACCAUCACCCAAAAGAAGAUAAAGAAAAAAAUGAAAAAAAAUAAAGAAAACACUUUUAGGAAGUAAGAAAAUAAAAAAAAACAAAAAUAAAUAAAAGAGAUAAAAAACGUUGUAUAAUUAAAUGUGACGUGUGAAUAUAAAAAUUAUAUAAAAGUGUGUAAAAAAAAUCAGCUAAAAAGCAAAUUCGGAUAAACUUUCGGUUUUACAUUUCUAUCGAUUCAUUAUUAUUAAUUUUUUCUUCCUUUUCUUUGUGAAUCACGACUUUGAAGUUGAAAAUUACCCUCGCUUUUGAACACAUCACAAAUGAAAAAUCUUUUAUCAAAAACCAAAAAAAAAAUAAGAAACCAAAAACCAGCAGAAAAUAAGAGAAAAAACAAUUUAGAUAUAGACUAAAGGAAAUGCAACUAGUUGAUGAAUUUAAAUGUGCACAGAAAUCAUAUUUUAAGGAAAAGAAAUCAGAUGGAUAAUCGCAAAUAUUUUCUAGUCACUGCACUCUCAAAGAGUGCAAAGUUUUUAUUUAUUUUUAGUUAUACCUCGUAGUUGAACGUGUAAAAGAUUAAUUAAAAGAAAUCCCACCUUUUCAGGCAAAAAAGCGCAAACAAUUUUACCAAAACCAACCAACUAGAAGAAAAAAACAUAUUAAAAAAAUCCACAAUAAAAUUUAAUAAAUAAAAAAAUGGAAUCAGUACCAAACAGUAUAAAAUAUCAGCCACAAUAAGUUUCAGCGAAACAGGAAAAUAAAAAUAAUAUACAAGAAUUUUCUUCAAUGCAGAACAAUUUCUCAAAUAAAAACCGUCUCAUUAUUUUCUAAGAAAAAUAAAUUGAAAGAAAUAAAAAUAGAUUACAAAAUGGAAAUAGAAAUAAAAGAGAAAUAAGAAAAUAUCACAACAAAGAAGAAGAAUUUCAGUGAAAUUAUUUUAUGGAUACGUGAAAUGUCCACAAAUAAAACAAAUAAUGUCUUUAAACGCAUAAUUUACUAGCAAUGUUACAAAAAAUCAGAUUUCUGUUUUAAAUUAAUAAAUCAUUUUAUUUCAUAGAGAAGAAACAUUAUAAAAAAUCUUUUGGGAGAAGAGAUAAAAUUUCUACUAAACUUUAUAAAUGAAAAAAAAAUUACUUAGGCACCGAAUGGUAAACAACAAGAUAAAAAUUUUAGAAUAAUAAAAUAUGAAAUACAAAUUAAAUAAUUCUACGAAUAUGAUUAACAAAUAAAUUGCCAUUUAUUAUACAAAAAAAAA